GCAGAAGGAAGGGGGGACGGCCGUGCGCGGAGGAGUGCAACAGAGCGGCGCGUUCUACUGAGCGCAGGGGACAGGCAGGAAGGUGGCCGGUUGGCUGGCGCAAAGCCUCAAUCGGGGAAAGAAGUUUCUUCCUCCUCCACCCCCGUCCUGGACAAUGGGCCAAACCCGGAACUCUGGCCCUGCAGCUGCUUAGGCGGCAAGACAGGGGACGAGGCGAGGAAUCCUUCUCAUUCGCAUGGCUCAUUCGCACGGGGAGGCGGCAUGGAGCUGGCGGAGGUCGACCUGGGCAACGGCGGCGGCGGCGCCAGCAGCAGCAGCAGGGAGGAGGCGCCACCAGGAAAGUGCUGCUGCGUCCCGGAGGAGGCGGCCCGCGGGCGGGUGGGCAGCAGCGCGGACAGCCUGGCCGAGGAAGAGGAUGAGGCGGAUGGGGCCAGCCGGAGGGCCAGCCGCGCCUCCACCCUGGUGAACGGCCUCCUGAUCGAGCUGUACAGCGUGGGGCCGACCCGCCAUCGCGACAGCGUGGAUAGUUCCACCGAGGCGUCCGCAGGCUCCGACGCCUUCCCCGGGGGCAGGGGGAGCAGCGCCGAGUCCCGCGUCCUGCAAGAGCUGCAGCGGAGGCCGGGCCAGCGGCACCAGAGGAAGUACCUGGCCCAGAAAGAUACCAACGAGUUGAUGACUAUAAUUCGAGAGCUCAGCUACAGAAUUUGUGUUCAGUCAGCAAAAUUACUUCGCCUUCUGAAACAAAAGGACAGACUUUCACAUAAAGUGCAGAAGAACUGUGAUAUUGUAACAGCCUGUCUGCAAGCAGUUUCACAAAAACGGCGAGUGGACACAAAAUUAAAGUUUACGCUUGAACCAUCUUUAGGUAAAAAUGGUUUUCAGCAGUGGCAUGAUGCUCUCAAAGCAGUGGCCAGGCUGCCAACAGGAAUACCAAAGGAGUGGAGGAGAAAGGUCUGGCUCACCUUGGCAGAUCACUACUUAAGGAGUAUAGCAAUUGACUGGGAUAAAACGAUGCGUUUCACUUUCAACGACAGAAGCAAUCCUGACGACGACUCCAUGGGUAUUCAGAUUGUAAAGGAUCUUCAUCGGACUGGAUGCAGUUCUUACUGUGGCCAAGAGGCAGAGCAGGACAGAGUCGUUUUAAAAAGGGUUUUACUGGCCUAUGCCAGAUGGAACAAGUCUGUAGGAUAUUGUCAAGGCUUUAACAUCCUAGCUGCCCUCAUCCUGGAAGUAAUGGAAGGCAAUGAAGGAGAUGCUUUGAAAAUCAUGAUUUAUUUAAUUGAUAAAGUGCUGCCUGACAGCUAUUUUGUCAACAACCUCCGAGCGCUGUCUGUUGAUAUGGCUGUGUUCCGAGACCUCCUCAGAAUGAAACUUCCUGAGCUUUCACAGCAUUUGGACACUCUUCAAAGAGCUGCCAACAGGGAAAGUGGAGGUGGUUAUGAGCCUCCACUUACAAACGUCUUCACAAUGCAGUGGUUCCUGACCCUGUUUGCUACAUGUCUUCCUAACCAUACAGUUCUUAAAAUUUGGGAUUCUGUAUUCUUUGAAGGGUCAGAAAUUAUAUUGAGAGUAGCACUGGCUAUUUGGGCAAAGCUGGGAGAGCAGAUAGAUUGUUGUGAAACUGCAGAUGAAUUCUAUGGCACCAUGGGGAAGUUAACCCAGGAGAUGCUGGAAGACAGCCUCAUUGAUAGCAAUGAACUCAUGCAGACUGUUUAUUCUAUGGCCCAGUUUCCUUUCCCACAACUAGCAGAAUUAAGGGAGAAAUAUACUUACAACAUUACUCCUUUCCCUGCCUCAGUAAAAUCAACUUCAGGACGACUUGGGAAAACCAGAGAUAGCGAUGAGGAGAAUGACAUUGAUGAUGAAGAUUCCAUAGCUAAUGCCAUUGGUUGCCUUGGACCAUUCAGUGGGUUUUUGACUCCGGAAUUACAGAAGUAUCAAAAGCAGUUCAAAGAUCACAAUGAAGAGCAAAGCUUAGGCUCUAGUAACAUUGCAGAACUAAGUCCUGGGGCAAUAGAUGCUUGCCGAAGUGAAUACCAUGCAGCUUUUAACAGUAUGAUGAUGGAACGUAUGACCACAGACAUUACUGCACUGAAAAGACAGUAUUCGCGGAUAAAGAAGAGGCAGCAGCAGCAGGUUCAUCAGGUGUACAUCAGAGCAGGGUCUGAAGAUGACAACCCUGGGAUAAUAUUAGAUCCCAGGGACCAGCUGAAUAAUGACAAAGGACCAGUUACCAGUCUUCUGCCCUCUCAGGUAAACCAUUCUCCAGUGAUCAACCAUCUUCUGCUAGGAAAGAAGAUGAAGCCAACUAACAGAUCUGCUAAGAAUGCUGUCAUUCAUGUACCAAGUCAUGCAGGAGGAAAGAUGUCACCUGGCCCCCAUGAAGAUCUCAAAUCAAAACUAAAUUCCCCCUGGCGUACUCACAUUAGGGUGCAUCGAAAGAACAUCGCACGAGCCAAAGGCCAGCUGGGCUACGGGGAUACUAUAGGGCUAAUAGAAGAGCAGAGUGAAGGUGGCAAAACCAGUAGUCCCAAUACAAAAGAAGAGAGUCCAGGCAUAUCUGAAUCCAGCGAAAGAGAAGGGAGCGAUUCAGAUGCCAGGACUACCAGAAAAGCUGAUGGACAAUCUCCUGAACCAGAUUACAAAGAUUUGAGUGCCAACACCAACAUAUCAGCAGUUCAACUGAAGCUAGAAGCAUUGGAACUUACCCCAAAUAACAAAGAUGACACUGAAUCCAUAUCAACUCAGCUUUGUCAAACGCCCAUAUCUGAGUUGCCAGGCUUGUCUGCUGACAGUGGGACACUGGCACAAUCUCCUCAAGCCAGCAAUCCUAAGCCACAAGUCUUUAGCCCUUUUCCUAGUGUCAAGCCUCUCAGAAAAUCAACUGCAGCCAGAAACCUAGGACUGUAUGGCCCAACUGACAGAACCCCAACUGUACAUUUCCCACAGAUGAGCAGAAGCUUUAAUAAACCCACAGGUGGUAACAGUGGGUCUAAGAAACGAUAAUGUAGUGUGUAUCACUGGCACUUUCAUUAUUAUUAUUUUCUACUAUAUGUGUUCAUGGGUUCAAAGGCGUUCCUAAAUUGUGUAAUUAUUUAAUUGGAAGAAAGCCCAUAAGUGGCAACUGAUGUAUAAACUGUAUCCUCAAAAAAAUUGUGCUUUUUCUAUAAUGUAGAAUAGUAAAAACACAUGGUGACACACAUCGUUUUCAUGUUUGAAAAAUAAACAUUGACUUGCAGCAUGGGAAAUGUUUCCACUUUUUAAAUAUCACGUGUAGGAAAAGCUUUAGGAAGCUUCUUUUUCUCGUCAGACAAUCACUGAUGCUGCAAGACAAUUUCCUCAGUUUUAUUCACUUUCCACACGUUUUGUCAAGAUUAACAUCUUUAUGGUUAGAUUGUUUAAUAAAUUCCCUUGGCUGCAUAGCAAAAUUGCACUGAACUUCAAAUAUUCAGAAAAAUUGCUUACCAUCUGUAUCGUUACAUUAAUAUAUUUGAGCAGCUGACAGAUGAACAGUGUUUGAUGCUUCCACUCCAGUAGCACUGCUGGUGUUUUAUUUUAAAUAUUUUUUAAAAAUAUAAUAACCAUCUGUUUAGAUCAGGUAAAGAGAGAUGUUGAUAUCUUUCCUGUGACUUGAUCUUGGUUAACUGAACAAUGACCUGUAGUGAGUCAGGGGACUAUAGGAAUAGAUACUUUAAUCUGGUAACUAAUUUAUCAUUAUAUUUCAUGGGACUUCAUUGGUUUUAAAGGAAAUGUAUAAAUCUUUGCUUUUUAAAGGUAAGUCGCUUUUUUAAUGUUAAUGACUUGGUAGUGUUGCUUCCACAGUGUAUGUUCGCCUUAAUGUGUGAGCCUUCUAAUUAAGGAAGAUUCUUCUCUGUAUCCUGAUGUUGUAUGAUUGCUUUCAGUGUUGUUUGAACUCUUUUUGGCAAUGAAGAAGUCUAACAGCUUCCUCCAGAUCAGCUUCCUCUUCACACAUUAAAAUAUUGACCCUGUUUAAAGUAAGAUGACCUGUUGUUAGAAAUGGUUUUUACUGGAAAAAACUGUACUUUAAAAAAAGACGAAAAAAACCCCCAAAGAUUGAUAGGCAACAUGGAAUGUAGAUUCCACCCCCCCCACACACACACACUUCUUGUUUCUAUUUCACCAAGGUGGUACAUAUAGGAGGAGAAUGAAGAAUUAAUAUAUCUUUCCCCAGCUCCCCCUCUCUGCAACAAAACUGAAAAAGCAUCUGCAGUUCUGAUUAUUAAAACUGACAACACUUUGCAAUAUUAUUUCAGUGUUAUAACUUAAUAGUGGGAUUCAGUAAGCAGACUGACUGGGUAGGCUUGACAGAGUUGUCGCCUAUCUAUGAGUUUUGCAUCUGUAAAAUGGAGAUAAUAGGGGCCUACAUCCAUAGGAUGCUGGUGAAGAUCAGUGUGUAAGCUGUAAGUAUUGAGUAAGGUAAAAUGAAAUAAGUGAUGCCAUGACAACAGGGUUGUUAUGUGAUAGUGGCUGGAAGUCAAAUUGUCUGUGGAAGAGAAUCUCUAUAUUUAACCAACAGUUGUGUGCCUUAAUCUCAGUGUAUGGAGGGAGAGAAUACUGAUGCUUAUUCAAUGUCCCCUUCACUUGGUGGAUUUCUCUGGUUUAGAAAGGCCAAGCAACAUGUAAUGUUUAACAUGCCAUUGGCCCUGAAGUCUUAAUGUGUAUUUACCAAGUAGUAGCUGUGGCGGGCCUGAACCGCUCUGGGACUGUGGCAUGGGGAGUGGGCUUUUACCUUUUGUCCACCACCACCGGACUCUUCUAGGCUGCUGUAGUUGCACUAACAGCACAAUCCUGUAUAACUUAAUUUUACACCAGGGACUAAAUAAGCAUGUCCAAACUUAAUAAAAUAGUGAAAUAAACUGGUCAGGAUCUAAAGAACUGUGGAACAGGUUCCUUGGCCCAAGUGAGAUUCCUGAACCACAGUCCACACGUUGCAUGAUAAAUUAUUUCUGCAUUGAGGAAUGCUCAAAUGGUAUUUAUGACAUGGCAUGAGGACAGGUGGUCUGCUUUUCAAAAGAGGUCACACUUUACACGUGCAAACUAUCGGGCUUUUCUAGAAUAGCUCUUCAUGUUCGACUGAUUAUUGGAAUCAGUGAUUGACAUCCUGACAAGAAUUCACUUGAGGAAGUCCCAUUGAAAUUUAAAAAACAAAACUCCAAAUUAGGCACCACUAACAUCUCCUUUUAAUUUCAAUGGGGCUUUCUUGAAUAAAUUUUGUCAGGAUAUCAGCCAGUUGCUGGGAUCCAAAGAGCACUUGCUAGGUACAUUUGGUGCCCAAAGCACUAAUCCAACCCCAAUUUGUAUUUCUGCUUUUAUUUUAAAUUUCUCCUUGUCCAAAUUAGACUAUCAAGUUCUUCAUCUUGUGAAUCUUUCAAAACUCAUAAUCUUCCCAGUUAAAUAUUAUAAUAUAUUAUCAUAUUAUAUAAUAAUAUAAUAUAUAGUAAAUAUUUUAUAUAGUAUUUAACUUGGAAGAUAAUGAGUGUGUGUGUGUUCAUUUUUAAAAGGAAAAUAAAUAUAUAAAUCAAUGGACUGAAAUCAUUUCCAGGAUGAAACAACAAGCACUCAAUUCAGGAGUUCUCAUAUUGCUUUAUUCCCAUCAUUCCAAUGGAAAGCUUUGUAGGAUUAUUCCCAUCUGUGUUGAGAACAUAUGCAUGGGUCCGCACAGAACUGUUAGGAGUGUAGUGUGGGCAUUGAGCCCUACACCUACAUUCUGUUUAGGAGACAGACUGGAUUGGAACUAGGGUCCCCAAUGUUGCCAUAUUGUGUUAGGUUGCUCUGGGUCCAUCGCUGUUGCCAUUUUGAGUGGUGCUGGGAAUAAUUUAUUAGGUCCGUUCUGUUCCUCUGCCCCUUUCCUCUUGUAUGCUGUAUUUUAACUAAAAGAUACCUUUGUGUCAGACUUUGUAUCUCAUAUACGUUUAUUUGCUGUAUACAGUGUAUUAUAGAUAUUAUUGUAUAUUAUGAAUAUAUACAGACUAUUAAAAAAAUGGUGCUUCGUGGAAGCAGUUUCAUCA